AAAAUAUUUAAAAAAACGUCGCAAUUUAAUCAAGCAAAACAAUUUUUAAAUGUUAAAGAAUCAGAUGUUUAUAUUAAAAAGGUGAGAACUAUAUAGUAUUUUAUUAUUCCUUUUUCGAACAAAAUACUAGCAGUAGCCUGCUAGAAUAGUUUAUGAAUAUUUAUAUAUGGUACAUGUAGCAUGACAAAUGCAAAUUUUUGUUUUGUUCGUGCCAGUUUGUGUGAAUAUUUUGUUGAUAUUUAUAAAUAACUUGACAACGUGGCGAUUUUAGGUAUAAAGUUCCGAGCAAUUGUAUGGGUGAUUAGCUGAUUGUUACAGCAACAAUUUUAUCCUCAUCGCAAAAGGUAUGUGAUUUGGCAGUCUUGCAGCACUUUGCGAUCCAAAACAAUUUAUGUCGAGUAUAAGUUUCAGUGUCAAUGACAGUAUAUUUAGUUAGUGACGUUUUAAUACUGUAUAUAUUGCUAUAUGCAUUUGAUAUUUAUUUGUUUGUGUGAUGCGCAAGCCAUCAGUAGGGAGCGAGUAAAUGAAAUUAAGUUAAACUGCAUCUGUCAAAUAUUCUAUUUGUUUGCCUCCAAAAUUCAAGAUAAGUUUCGUAGUAUAAUGAAACAAAUCAACAUUAUUUACUCUCAUAUUGCGAACAUUUGAUAUUUGAGGCAAAUAAUCAUUUUUAAGGAUGUUGACCAUUCAGAAGCGAGGGACUGGUGUUUUACUGACGUGGUGUUUUAUUAUGGUUGCUGCAUUGUAUGUCAUAUAUGUCGCUGGGAGACAUGUUUUGACAGGUACAGACUAGAGAUCCUCUUCUUAGGGAAUGCCGGGCUAGCCCGCUUAGUGAGACAGCCUGGUACGUUUUGUGUUUAUAUGAGAAAAUUUCAUCCCGCUAAUUACUGGGACAAUUUUGUUAUUUUGAUAUUGUUUUGACAGUUGCGGCGGUAUCUUUGAACCUUCAUCCUGGCAACCGGGCUAGCCCGCUUGUGAGUGUUUAUAUGGAGAAAUUUCCAUCCCGGUAAGCGAGAUCUCGCCUCUUUCAAGCAAGAUCUUGGCAACCGGGCCAGCCCGCUUGUCCAUAUAAACGCAUGAUAAUUUUUACUAUAAAAAUAACUAUACAAUGAGAUCUCGCUUACCGGGCUGUCUCACUAAACGAGCCAGCCUAGUUUUUAUAUAAUCAAUAACAAAAGGCAACCCUAAGCUAAUUGCAGAUGUGUUUUUGUAUUGAUUUGAUACACUUUUAAUAAAUACUUUUAGGUCAUAUGAACACACUUAAUUAGCAGGCCAGCCCAGAAAACCGGACUGGAAAUUGUGUCACAACACAACUAGCCCUGUUUAAUAACGGGCCAGCCCGGCUCAUAUGAACAGGCGCUUAGUUCUAUCAAGCGAGAUGGCCAAAAUCUCUAUUUACUUGUUCUAUCUCACCUUUGGGUUACUUAGCAACCUGUUUACUUUUUCUGUACAGUUGAUGGUGGUUAUAGCGAAUGGUCAGAUUUCACCGCAUGCUCGGCAAAGUGCGGUGGUGGUGCCAAAACUCGGACACGUUCUUGCACGAACCCAAUACCUAAUUAUUUUGGUCAAAAUUGUUCACGGUUUGGAGUAGCGAUUGAAACACUGGAGUGCAAUACACAACCAUGUCCAAGUAAGGAUUGAUGAAUGUCUUAUUCAAUCUAUUUUAUUCCCCCCCCAAAACAUGAAGUGUUUAAUUGGAUCACUAUGGGUCAUUCUGUUAGUCAAUCAGUUUCAUUUUUUAUUGAGUCCAUCCAGUUUGUUAUGAGAUCAUUUUCAUUUGGGUCUAUAUCCAAGAUCCAGUCUGUUGUGAGAUCAGUAGUUAGUCAAUUGGUCUGGCACAAGUCAGUCACAGUCAUUUAGGAAAUUGUUAUUGUAAAGCCCUGGGCAAACUAGGAAACAUUGUUUCGGAAACAUUGUUUCCUACCAAUGUUUCGCCAUGUUUCCCAGAGUGGGCAAACACUAGGGAACAUUAGUGAGGCAGUGAGAAAAAUAGGGAAACAUCAAAUGUUUCUGAAUUUGGUAGGAAACAUUAGUGAGAAACAUCAAAUGUUUCUGAAUUUGGUAGGAAACAAAAUUUGCUUCCCGGGAAGCAAAUUUUGUUUCCGCAACAAUGUUUCCAAGGGUGGGCAAACAUGGAAACAUUUGGGAAACAUCGAGAAUCACAAAUGUUUCCACAACAAUGUUUCUUAGUUUGCCCAAACUUAAGCUUCUAUCUACCUUUACAGUUGAUGGUGUGUUUGGUGUGUGGGGUGAAUUUGGACCUUGCACUGUCACAUGUGGUGAUGGUACUCAUACAAGGGAGCGUAAAUGUGACAAUCCUGCACCACAGCAUGGUGGUGCCCAGUGCCUGGGAGCAAACAAGGAGACUACAAAAUGCCAGGAGAAACCAUGUCCAGGUUAGUUGAAUACCAGCUACACACGUAAAAAUGCACAAGUUGUAACAAACCUGCAGCAGACUUGUGGCAAUGCUGUUCUAACAACUUGUCAACAGGAUGUGUUUGCUGUUCCCAGCUUGUUGACGAGUUGUCAACAACUUGUUGAUAUCUUGCUACAAGGUUGUUGAGCUCAACUCAUUUGUUACUAGUAGUUCCAACAACUUGAUAUAUAUCGUCCUGCAAUUCAUCAAUUUGUCAACAAGUUGUGAGUGACAACCUUGUAUGGCAACUUGAUAAAAUAACAGCAUUGUUGACAAGCCUGUUACGAACACAUUUUGUUGACAAGUUGUGAGAUUUUUACGUGUGUAGUUGGUUCUUCAAUUUGUAACAUGUUUUGAUGGUGGCUUUUCAGCAAGGGUGAGUAGUAGCGAAGUAGUUGUAGUUCGCUACUGUAGCGAACUAGAAUUUUCAAGGAGCCAGUAGUUUUUUACUACUUUUUUAUAACAGUAGCUGUAGUUAUAGCGAACUACAUUUUGCCUAAAAGUAGCCAAGUAGUUGACUACUUUUCAAACAGUGAAUCGCUAUUCGCUACUUUUUAAAAUUGUUAGCAACUUGAUAGAAUAGCAUGAUAUUGAGACACGGAGUUGCUUAAAAUCAAUACUCAAUAGUCAAUCAUUGCACUCUUGAACACUGCAUUGUAGUGCUUAUACAAAAAUGUUGCUUUGUGUUUACUGUUGCUACUCGUAAGUCGAUUUGUAAUAGGUUACAUUACAGCCUGAGUUAGUAGAUGCUCGAAAUACAGUAAAACUAAAAAUAUAGCGUAGCGAAAUAGCGAAAUAGUUCGCUGCAUUUUUUAAGCAGUAGCUGUAGUCAGUAGCGAACUACCUUUGUUCAAAAGUAGCAGUAGUUGUAGCUGACUACAUAUUUUUGAAGUAGCUGUAGUUAUAGCGAACUACAAAAAUUUUGUAGUCAACCCACCCUUGAUUUUCAGUGAAUGGUGGUUACAGUGAUUGGAAUACUUGGUCAGCCUGCAGUGUAAGCUGUGGCUCAGGCGAGAGGACAAGAUCCCGAGAAUGCAAUAAACCACAACCUCAACACGGCGGCAAGAACUGUGAAGAACAAGGCUUUGGUUCAGCAAAGGAAAAUGAGCAGUGUACUGAGACACCAUGUCCUGCAGCAAACACUACCACGUCAGCUGUAGGGGGGUGACACAGUCAACAAUAUAUAACGGCUUGGUGGGUCUUUAUUCUUGACUGAAACCUCCAUAAUUUUAGUACAUAUUUCAUAAGAUUGCUUCUGUCAGACAGAAGUAUCAUCAAAGUUUUGAAAUCAAAUUGUACCUUUGGCUUUGGUUUGUACGUUUGAAAUCUUGAAAUUGUCGGCACAUUUUGAUAAGGAACUUUGAUGAUGUAAAAACUAGCUAGCCUUUAUAAUGGUUCACAACAAUGACUUUAUUUUCAGUUUCAUAAUGGACGACUUGCUCUUUAGACUAAAUUUUAAUCUAAGUAAGAACAACGAAAUCUAUCACCACAGCUAGAAAGAGCGUCUUGGAAUUAGUAAUAUUACAAAGUUUGGUUGCGAAAUGUUGUAAAAUACGAAAAAUAUAGCCCUUCAAAGUUGGCAAAUUUGUAUACUUUUGUAUUACGUGCGUGAAUUGGUAACUAAAUUAGUUACCAAUUUCCCGCAAAUAGAAAUGUAUUGGAAAUGUAUACAAAUUUGCCAACUUCGCAGGGCUAUAUUUUCCGUAUUUUACAACAUUUCGCAACCAAACUUUGCAGUUUUUCUAAUUUUGAUAACUUCUUUCCGAAAAUAUCCUUUGUUAUUCCCAGAUCAAAAAUUUUUCUAAAGCGCAAGUCGUCCAUUUGCACAACAAGAAAUGGAAAAAAUUGGAACCAAAACCAACUAGCCAAUUCACCGAUCGAACGACGACCAUUUUAUUGUAUAAGAACUAGCUUCAUUCAUAUUUAUACUAUUUAAUAAACACAAUAAGAAGCGUUGCUAAUAUAAGUUGCCCUGUUCUAACCUUUCGUCUGGAUUAAUGAAUAAUGGGGACUAAACUUACAAUUACUAAGACCAGCUACAGUAUAGACUAAAUUUUGAUCUUGGCAAGAAGAACAAAAUCCAUCACCACAGCUAGAAAGAGCAUGUUAAAAUUAGUAAAAUUGCAAAGUUUGGUUGCGAAAUGUUGUCAGUAAAAUGCAGAAACUAUAGCCCUGCGAAAUUUGCAAAUUUUGUAUUAAUUUGUAUUACGCACGGGAAAAUGCACCACAGUUGGGCCGAAAGUGGUGCAUUUUCCCGUGCGUAAUACAAAUUUAUUUUAUAAUACAAAAUUUGCAAAUUUCGUAGGGCGAUAUGUUCCGCAUUUUACAACAUCUCGCAACCAAACUUCGCAAUUUUACUAAUUUUAACAUGCUCUUUCUAGCUGUGGUAAUGGAUUAUUUUGUUCUUGCCUAGAUCAAAAUCUAGUCUAUAGGAAUUAUCCAUUGCCCAUUGCAUUGGUGUAGUUUUUACACCAAGAUGGAUUAUACAACUAUAUUUAUAUGCAUCUUGUCCGGAUGAUGGUCAAGUUUUAUAUAGGUAAUUGGUUGAUUGACAAGACCAAACUGCGUAGUAGCACAACUUCGCAAGCCAGGGUUUUUAUUACGCUUGAUAAAAACUCUGUCCCUGGCUUGCGAGGUCAGUGAACGUAGCAAUGCAGUCCAAAACGUAUAUUUAGCAAAUCUCAGCUAAAGAAGUAUGUCGACUUCAGUACUUCGUUCAAAUCCAGCGAGCCUCGUUCUGGCAGGGGACCAAAAUGUACAUCUACGCGUUUCGAGUUUCGUAAUGGUUGACGCAUCCUGGAAAAACAGGAAUUAUUGUUAAUGCG